CGGCGCGGCGCCCGCCCCUCUGGGGCCUGGCGGCCGACGGGAAGCGGCAUGGCUCCCGGCGUGGAGCUGGGUUUCGCGGCGGCGGCGGAGGGCCCGGGCGGUGCCUGGCGGCUGCACAGCACCUACUUCCCCAGCAAGGUCGGGGGGCGGCCGGCGUGGCUGGGCGAGGCCGGGCUGCCGGGCCCCGCCGCUCUGCGCUGCGGCCACUGCCAGCAGCCCUGCGCCUUCCUGCUCCAGCUGUACGCGCCGCUGCCCGGCCGCCCCGACGCCUUCCACCGCACCCUCUUCGUGUUUGCCUGCCGCAGCCCCGCCUGCUACCGCCUGGCGGGCCCGAGCGGGCCUUUCCGCGUGUUCCGGAGCCAGCUGCCGCGGCGGAACGACACGUACCCCGAGGAGCCGCCCCCCGAGGAGCCCCCGCCGGGCCCGGCCCCCGCGCCCCCGCCGCGGCUGGGCAGCGGCGCCGCGCUCUGCCGCGUCUGCGGCUGCCUCGGGCCGCGCUGCUGCGGGCGCUGCCGCCGCGCCGCCUACUGCGGGCCCGAGCACCAGGCGCUGGACUGGCGGCGCGGGCACCGCCGCUCCUGCGGGCAGCACGCCGCCGGAGAUGACUCGGCAGAUGCAAUUCCAGAGCAUAAUGAAUUCCUUUUUCCAGAGUAUGAAAUUUUGAUAGAACCUGAGGAACCAGAAUUUCCUGCUGACAGCACUGAUGAUGAACAAGGAGCUGAAGACACAUCAAAGGAUGCAAAAGAACAAGAGGAACUUGGAGCUGCAGGCCCUGCAGAUGAAGCAUUUCAGUCCUUAGAUGAAGAGACAUUGGAAGCAAUGGCAAAACACGAGACUGAAGAAGAAAAGAUCUUCCAAAUGUUUAAAAAACAAGUAGCUGCUGAACCAGAACAGAUUAUUAGAUACUGCAGAGGAGGAGAAGGUCCACUCUGGGUGUCAGGUGAAAAUAGGCCUGAAGAAAAAGAUAUCCCAAAUUGUGUAUGUGGUGCCAAAAGGAUAUUUGAAUUCCAGAUUAUGCCACAGCUCCUGAAUCACCUUCAGGUUGACAGCCUUGGAGAGAGCAUUGACUGGGGAACGCUGGUAGUGUACACUUGUGCUGACAGCUGUGGUGGGGGAACUGAAUACCUGGAAGAGUUCAUAUGGAAACAAGACUAUUCCAUGGGCUCUACUUUAUGAAGUUGAGUCAUCCAAAUUGAAUACUUGAUUUGUUUCACUGCAUCUCUGCACUAUGCAAACAGGUAGUUGAACUGAAGUCACUGAUAACUGUGCAUCUUGUAACAGUGAUAAAACUGCUGUAACUAGACCUUGACAGCCUCUCUUGUGCUCCAAAGGAGCUUUUACUUCAACCUGGUAAUGAUGCCAGAUGCAUUUGUUCAGAAAGCUUCAUUUCAAAUCUCAUUUUUGGAAGUUUAUUAAAUAUGAAAAAAUUUUGGAUUGGUGAAA